UGGACACUUACCAGGCGACGUCAUCGUGUCCUGAUUAAUAUUCAAGUGGCACACCUUCGCCAUAGUAGAAUGUGAAUUUUCUCUCCGCUCCUGCCACAAGUAGACCAGUCCGUGUUUUUGCGAAGCCUCUCUCAAUCCAACCUCAUCCUCAAAGCCCUGAAAGAACCAAGCAGCCUACCAAAAAGCAUCCAGGACCAGAGGAGGAGCAGAGAUUUUCACUGAGAAACCUCCAUCCCUGUGUGAUCUCCUCUAACGGGAGAGCUGAAGUGAUGGCGGGUUGCGCGGAGGAUUCGUGGAUUUUUGCUUGACAGGCACCAGAAUCUUCUGUUGGAUUAGUUGAUUUAUUCAUUUAUGGGGGAUUUGCAUUUACCUACUGAAAAAUGCCUUUUGCCAAACGGAUCGUUGAGCCCCAGCUGCUGUGCAGACAUCCCAUCCCUAAUGAUGAAGGGUUACUGUUCGAGGAUCUGUGCUCCAUCACCAAUGUGGCUCUAUCCCGGACCCUGCGGCAGCUCUCCGACCUGUCCAAACACGCCUGCUCCUUAUUUCAGGAGCUUGAGAACGAAAUAGUCUCCACAAACCAACGGGUUUGGGCUUUGCAGAACAAAAUAGGCAAAAUUCAGCAAACCGCCAGUGCGCUGGAUCCAAAACUGGAGGCUGUGCCGGUAUCAAAUCUGGAUGUUGAGAGUAAACUGACAUCCCACUAUCAGGCUUCAUGGCAUCAGCAACACAAUCUGUUCCACACUUGUACACGGCCACCAUGUCUGGAGGAGUUACACCGACAUGCCAAGCUCAACCUGCGGGCGCUGCACAGAGACCAGCAGCAGCGUCAGCGUUCAACCAGCAGAGAGCGCGGUCGGGUCACCAUAUCAAUAUCUGUGGCCCCGCCCAUGCCAACCUUCCCUUCAACUCACAAACUCAGAAGGCGGGAGCAGAGGGGGCGACACUCACGCCUGGAGAGGAGCGUUAGAGAGAGUGAUGUGCAUACUAUCCAGAGGAAGGAGAGACCAGCCAAGGAGGCUGAAUUUAAACCUGUCCUCAGAAAGUAUCAGCGCUCCCGUUCCUCCUCCCCUGUUCAGUGUUGUUACUUCAUUCCUUGGAUGAGAAAGGCUGGUACCAACACAGAAACAGAUGGAGAAUUGCCAGUGAUGAGCCAUAGGCCUAAAUGUCCUGUUCCAAUGUACCUACCACCCUGGACAAACAGACCAACUGGUCCAAAGCCCUGCCUCUUCCCACACCAGAAGAGAGAAUAA